CUAAUAUCGUCGCGACUUUUGUACAAAUAAUAAUCAAAAUAAUAAUAAUAAUAAGAAAAUAUAAUUCCUUGAAGAUUUAUACUAACUAAAGAUGACUCUUACUUCACCUCCACCACAUCCAUACGCACAACAAAUGAUGAAUACAAAUUUACCAACAACAAUUCCUUCAUCCAAUCCUACAAUACAAGCAACGACAACUCCUUAUCCAGUCUUGCAAGCAUCUUCUUUGCCUUCAAGUAAUCCAAUGGUUCAAUUACCGGUUCUCCCACACCAACAACACAUGUAUCCAACUUUACAAGGUGCUUCAUAUAUGCCAUACGGAAUGAAUAAUCAACCAAUUCCUCCAGUUCAAUUCAUUGGUCAACAACAAGCAACUCCUUAUCCUACAACAAUAACUACCGAACCAAUUCAAAUUCAACAACAACUCCCAUAUACCACUACAAUUACAACCACAACAACUACUAUUGAUGGAAAUGGUGGUAUGGCUCAAGCUUCUACAGAAGAUUCGACUAUGAGAAUGCGUCCAACAUCGACCUUUAGACAAAUGUUGAACAAACUCAAGACUCGUGUUCGUUCUCCAACUGCAUUGAUUGGGUCAUUGUGUAACUUGUUGGCCUUGACACUUCUCUUACAAAUUAUUGGUGUCAUUUGGGUUGCUGCUGAUACUAAUGGAUGGAGAUUCCCAGUUUUUGUUCAUGUUAUUUUCUGGAUUUUGGUAGUUUUGGAAACUAUUUCAAUGCUCUUAAAGUCUCCAAUCAUGAUGGCUCUCAAUUUGGCACUCAAUCUUGUCUGUUUAAUUGGUACAAUGGUUCAUGGUUAUGGUAUUUUAAUGUCUCUCUUCUUCUUCUCUUCUAUUUUCUGUACCAAGUUAGGUUUCAGAUAUCUCAUUAAGGUUAAUGCCAAGAAGCAAGCUGCUACUGAUUUGGAAAAUACUGGUGAAGUGUCUCAAGCUAAUGCUGAAACUUUGAAGAGCCGUAAUCCAGUCUUGGCCUUGAUUGAUUCAUUGAAGAGUAAUCAAAAGUUUGUCAUUGAGUACAAGCUCUCUGAUUUGUUAAUUGGUGCCGAGUAAAUUUAUAAAUUUUC